CAGUGCUCACUUAAUCAGCUCUAAAAACAACUAUUUACGCCAACAUCAAAAUGAACCAUUUCAUUGUCUCCGCCGUUUUGAUUAACUUUUUGGUAGCCGCUGCCAAUGCCAACGCUUUGGAUUAUUAUAUGUCAACUGCGGGAAGCAUGACCAACUCCUUGACCAGCGCCAUACCGCUCAUGGCGAAUUCAGCCUUAAACAUGGCAAAGAUCAACGAGUACAUGAACUACAUGUAUUACGGAGGACUGCCGCUACCCAAUAUACCUUUUGCCAGCUAUCUGAAAAACUUAUUCAAUAACAUGGCUGCCAUAAGAGAUCUAUACAACAACCUGAUGAACCAGUUUUCGGAUUAUUACCGUGAUCUCAUGAACGGAAUACAUUCGUUGCCGUUUGACACGCUUCUUGCAGACAAAUUGAAAGCCGACAUGACGGCUCAGAUGAAAAUACAGUCCGAUUACAUGAGUACCGUUGUAAUCUAGUAUAAGAGAUCUAUACAAUAAACUGAUGAACCAGUUUUCGGAUUAUUACCGUGAUCUCAUGUACGGAUUACAGUCGUUGCCGUUUGACACGCUUCUUGCAG